AAUUUAAAAAAUCAUGUACAAGACUGAAAAUAAAUAUAAAAUAUUUGUUCAACUCUCACGCUUCAGCUAAGUUAUCGCCUUUUCAUAACCGAGAUUUUAAACCGAACUAAACACCAACCAGAUUGUGAAAUUGCAAGACAGUUCCAUUUUUGCAAUGAAACAUGUAUCAUCAAACCUUAAUAAAUAUGAGGCUUGGUUGGAUAGGCAGUUGAAACAAGUGUGAUGGCGGGUGCUAGGAAGUUACUGUCCCCAACUGAUUUCCGACCCAUCUCAUUCGUGGUCCAAAACUCUCUUCGCUGCACCCAAUUGAACACACCGUUUUGCCCCAAGGAUUUGACUGGUUUAGCCACUGAUCUCAUCAAGUCGUACUUCGAUAAGGGCUCUAUCGAAGAGGCACACACUCUGUUCGACGAAAUGUCCCACAGAGACGUCGUGGCUUGGACUGCCAUGAUCACUGGCUGCAUCUCGUGCAAUCAGCACAACCGUGCAUGGAAUGCGUUUUGUCAAAUGCUGAGAGGUGGGGUGCAGCCCAACGCUUUUACCAUAUCUGCUGUUUUGAAGGCCUGUAAGGGUUUGAAAGCUCUUUCAUGUGGCACAUUGGUUCAUGGGUGUGCCAUCAAGGUUGGUACUCAUGGAUCAUCCAUAUACGUUGAUAAUGCACUCAUGGAUAUGUAUGCCACUUGCUGUGAUAGCAUGGACCACGCAAGAAUGGUUUUUGACGAUAUCAUUACCAAGAAUGCUGUCUCAUGGACUACUUUGAUCACUGGGUAUACUCAUAGAGGUGAUGCCUAUGGUGGUCUUAGAGUUUUCCGCCAAAUGUUUCUGGAGGAAGGAGAGGUGAGUCCUUUCAGCUUCUCAAUUGCAGUUAGAGCUUGUACCUCAAUCGGCUCUGACAAUUUGGGCAAGCAGGUACAUGCUGCAGUGAUUAAUCAUGGAUUUGAGUCCAAUCUUCCCGUCAUGAAUUCCAUACUGGACAUGUAUUGCAGGUGUCGUUGUGCAUCUGAGGCAAAGCAAUUAUUCCGUGAAAUGACUCAGAAAGAUACAAUCACAUGGAAUACCUUGAUAGCUGGAUUUGAAACAUUGGAUUCUGAGGAGUCUCUCUGCAUAUUUUCACGAAUGGUGUCAGAAGGUUUUGGUCCAAAUUGCUUCACAUUUACUAGUGUUGUAGCUGCAUGUGCUAACUUAGCAGUUCUGUAUUGUGGGAAGCAGCUUCAUGGUGGAAUUGUUCGUAGAGGCCUCGAUAACAACAUGGCAUUAUCCAAUGCACUUAUUGAUAUGUAUGCCAAGUGUGGAAAUGUAGCUGAUUCACAUAAAAUAUUUUGCGAAAUGUCGAGCACAAAUUUGGUCUCCUGGACGUCCAUGAUGAUUGGAUAUGGGUCUCAUGGACAUGGAAAAGAGGCUGUUGAAUUGUUCAAUGAGAUGGUCAGGUUAGGUAUUAAACCAGAUAAAAUAGUGUUUAUGGCAGUUCUGAGUGCUUGUAGCCAUGCCGGACUAGUGGAUGAAGGCCUGAGAUAUUUUAGAUUAAUGACCAGCUAUUAUAAUGUUGCACCAGAUCGAGACAUAUAUGGAUGUGUGGUGGAUUUGCUUGGUCGUGCUGGAAGAGUAAAGGAAGCUUAUCAACUAAUAGAGAAUAUGCCAUUUAAGCCGGAUGAGUCUAUUUGGGUAGCCCUUCUUGGAGCUUGUAAAGCACAUAAACAACCAAGUAUGGUCAAAUUAGCAGCUUUGAGAGUUUUGGAUAUGAAGCCAAAUAAGGCGGGAACUUAUGUGCUGUUAUCAAAUAUUUAUGCUGCUGAAGGUAACUGGGCUGAUUUUGCCAGUUUGAGGAAGCUGAUGAGAGGUAUCAAAAAUAAGAAAGAGGUGGGGAGGAGCUGGAUUGAAUUGAAAAACCAGGUUUACAGUUUCGUUGUUGGAGAUAGAUUUGUUUCUUCAAAUGAGCAGGUGUGUGAAGUUCUGAAAUUGUUGAUUAUGCAUAUGAAAGAUAUAGGACAUGUACCUGAUUUAGACUGCUUUGUACAUGACCUAAAAGACGUGACUUGAAUAGAAGCUGAAAAGACCAUCUUAUUGCUGAAUGCUUCUGGCAGAUUCUUUGGUUUAGUUCUUGCAAGCACAAUCAACUUGGUUAUAGAAUACAGCAAAGAAAUCGGGCACGAGGGAAUUUGACAUUUUUCUUGCAAAUAGAUUUGCUCAGUUUAGGUUAGAAAACAGAAAAGGAGUUGGAAGGAGAGCAGGAAGGUCAUUUUUUUGAGAAAGUUCUGUUCUUUUUAAAUUUGAUUAAAAGAAUAAUUUAUUUGGAGAGGAGAAGAAUACUAAAACAGGAGGAUGAGGGAUCUUCCCGACAGCGAACAAAACGGAAGUUGCAUUCCUUAUUCCACUGCCAAUUAGCCAAGUUCCUGAGCUCCACAAUGCCAUAAACACAAGGGGAAGACCAAGAGUGGCAAAAUGACUUUUGUAUAUUGACAUUAUUUAUUCAUUCUGAAACCUAUGCGACAACUAUAGUUUUG